UCUCCCCCGCCUCUUCUCCUUGCCGGUAGCCGGAGCACCGAGACCCCGGCGCGCUCCGCGGCUUCCCCUGGGGGCCUCCCGCGUCAGGAUGCUGCCCCGCGCCAUCCCGCUGCUGCUGCUGCUGCUGGGCUUGGCCCAGCGCCGCGCCUGCCUCGCCGGGCCGGUCGCCGCCACCGCCGCGCCCCUCGACGGCGCCCCGGACCCCUGCCUCAGCCAGCCCUGCCGGAACAACGGCACCUGCUCGACGGCGCUGGCCAAGCUCCACGCCGUGCCGCACAGCCUGCCGCUGCUCUUCCUCUCGCCCCAGCCUGCCUAUAGCUGCGCCUGCCCCCCGGGCGUCACGGGCACCGACUGCCAGUUUGUUUCAGAUCCAUGUGCCAGCAACCCUUGUCUCCAUGGCAACUGCAGUAAUAACGGCGAUGGCUAUCUCUGUCUUUGUAAUGAAGGCUACGAAGGUACAAACUGUGAGCACACAUUUUACAGCCUUCCAGUCUCAGGAUGGACAGAAUCAGAGGCAACAAGCCAAAACAGGCCAGUAUCGGCCACCAUGGAACCCGAUGUUCUCUUGCCACGAUCGCAAGCAACGGUGACCCUGCCUACAUGGGAGCCGAAGGAGGGUCAGAAAGUUGUGGAUCUGAAAUGGGAUGAAGUUGAAAUAAUCCCGGAUGUGGCUUGCGGGAAUGCGAGCUCCAAUAAUUCUGGUGGGGGUCGCCUUAUUUCUUUUGAAGUUCCACAGAACACAUCAAUAAAUAUAAGGCAAGAUGCCACUGCGUCUCUCAUCUUGUUAUGGAAGGUGACCACAGAAAGAUUUAAACAGUGCUCACUCAUAGAUGCCACAAGUGUUACCCUUCUCCAAGCGAUGGGUGGACUUGUUCUGACAGAGGAAAUGCUUGCAUUAGGAAACAACUAUUUCAUCGGUUUCGUGACUGAUUCCAUUGCCAAAUGCAUUGUGGCUUUACGCUUGACUGUGAUAGUAAAAGUCAGCACAUGCUUGCCUGAAGGAAGCCAGCCGGAUGACUUUCCAUGUUCAGGGAAAGGAAAAUGCAUCACCAAAGCACCUGAGGCAACUUUUUUCUGUGAAUGUGAAGAUCAGUAUUUGGGUGAUCUCUGUGAAGAAUUCGAUGCCUGUCAAAGCAGCCCCUGCCAGAACAAUGGAACCUGCAUGGAUGUUGCAGAAAAACAUGAUGGAAACAAUUUCACCUGCAGUUGCCUUACUGGAUAUACUGGAGAACUGUGUCAGUCAGAAAUUGACUACUGCAGUCAACAGCCAUGUAAAAAUGGAGGUACCUGCUCUUCCAGUCUAAGUGGAUUCAGUUGUCAGUGCCCAGAAGGAUACUUGGGACCAUCUUGUGAAGAAAAAGUCGACCACUGUGCUUCAUCCCCUUGCCAGAACAAUGGGACCUGUUAUACAGACCGGCUUUACUAUUCUUGCAGCUGUAGUCUAGGAUUUACAGGACCUACAUGUGCCCAGCUGAUCGACUUCUGUGCUCUGAAUCCUUGCGCGCAUGGCAUCUGUCGUAGUGUAGGAACAAGUUACAAAUGCCUCUGCAUCCCAGGUUACCAUGGACUCUAUUGUGAGGAGGAAUACAAUGAGUGCCUUUCAGCCCCUUGUCAGAAUGGCGCUACCUGCAGAGACCUUGUCAAUAGCUACGACUGUGCGUGUCUUGCAGAAUAUGAAGGAAGGCACUGUGAAUUAUUCAAAGAUCCUUGUGUUAACAUCAGCUGUCAGAACGGUGGGACGUGCGACAGUGAAGGCUUAAAUGCAACAUGCAUCUGUGCACCUGGAUUUACAGGUGAAGAGUGUGACAUCAAUAUAAAUGACUGUGAGAGUAAUCCCUGUCAUCAUGGGGGGAUGUGCAUAGACCAACCCAAUGGGUAUACCUGCCAUUGUCCACGUGGAUGGGUUGGCGCAAACUGUGAAAUACAUCUACAGUGGAAGUCCGGGCACAUGGCAGAAAGCCUGACGAACAUGCCACGGCAUUCUCUCUACAUCAUAAUUGGAGCCCUGUGUGUGGCGUUUGUCCUGAUGUUGAUCAUCCUAAUUGUUGGCAUUUGUCGCAUCAGCCGCAUUGAAUACCAGGGUUCAUCCAGGCCAGCGUAUGAGGAAUUCUACAACUGCAGGAGCAUUGACAGUGAAUUCAAUAGUGCCAUCGCCUCUAUCCGACAUGCCAGGUUUGGAAAGAAAUCUCGACCCGCAAUGUACGAUGCAACUCCAAUUGCUUAUGAAGAUUACAGUCCUGACGACAAACCUUUGGUCACACUGAUUAAAACAAAAGAUUUGUAAUCUACUUCAGGUGUUUUUUGGGGGAAUUAUUUUUCAAAAGGAUGGGCUACUGAAUUAAUUCAAAUAUUUUUAAGAUGAAGAAAGUGUAAGAAAUUUAAAAUGUUUAGCUGCUCCAGAAUUUUCUGUAGAUUAUUUAAGAACAAGUUUUCUGCAGCUUUUAGUUUGGGGAAAAUAUUUUAAAACUGAAUUUGUGAAGUUCAUGAUUUACCUUUUAAUGUACUUUCAGCUUUAGAAACUCUAAUCUUAACAAUAGUGUGUGCUUUUACCAAACUCCGAUAAUGAAUCUCUGUGGUUGUUACAGACAGACAAUAUGAUAUGUUAAGCAGUGACAAGUUUCUCUUCAACAUAACAGUGCCAGCAUUCUCAGUAGACUUAGGAAAAAUGUAAAACUUGAUAUAUCCAUUACUGAAAAAUGAAGUCUGAAAUGUUUGUGUUUGUGAAAAGGAAUCUAGUAAAAAUUAUUAUUACUAAACUGAAUGAAUUAGCUUUCUCCCUUUUUUUGUGCAUGGAUAACUAACCUGUUUCUGCAUUAUGUUCCUGAAACUUGCUGAAACAUACUCUUGAGUUGAUGUUUGUCAUUUUUGUAAUAGUAUUCAAGGUAAGCUUUGUAAAAAAGAAAAGAAAAAAAAUUAAGAUAUAUAAUUGAAGUGCCUGUUAAGGCAAUCAAAAAGGAUGAUCCUGCUACCUUUGAAGUGAGCAGAUAGCAUAAUUUCCAUUAAUUUCACAGUGUUCAGGAUCAGGCCUUUAUAUUGGAACUAUAUUUUUCUUUAAAAAGUCAAGUUUUUUAUAGUGUGAGUAACAAAACUUAUAAUUUGAACCGUUUGUCUUUCAAAUGUUGUUACUGUACAGUAUUACUUUUUGUUUCAAUAUUGUGUAUUUCUCAUAGUACAUCUUAUUUAUACAUGUGUGGGUUUUUUGUGGCUCAAUUUGAUUGCUUAUGUGCUUCAAAAUUCUUGCUUAUUUCAAAGGAUAUUGAAUAAAUGUGAUCAAUUCAAGGUGGCAGCUGAUCUUGUUUUGCCUUCAGCUGAAGCAAGAGGAUGGAGGCUCUCAUAACCACUUUCCAAUGAGUGCCCUUGAAUCCAAGCCAUGCACCUAAUGACCAUAAUAUGAAUCAGCCCUAGCAUUGCUGGGAUG